AUGAGCAUCUUCCUUGUACAUAUCUUUUCCCUCCUCAUAUUUACCGUUUCAAGAACGCGGACCACCCAGACAGUAGUGGUGGGUUCCAACACCUCCCACUCCGAUUCCAGCCAAUCAGAGGAGCGGCGUGAGACACAUGAAGUGCAAUUCCACUACCGAAUUGCGGCCAGUAGAAUGGGCCAUCUGACGUGCGAGGUGAAGUUGAGCUCGGAAGCAAGUCAAGCGCUGGUGAAAUCAGGAAAUCAAAGCUUGAGCCAUGUCUACCUUCGAUGUCCACAGGUCGCGACAGAGAUCUGCUACGUAGACUGCACACCAGCAUGCGUUUUUGACGAAGUCAAAGGCUGCGUGGUGUCCCCUACUCUCUCCACGGUCAUUGAGGAAUGUCGGUUUGAACAACGGGUGGGAAGUGGCAGUCUUUUGCUUGAAUAUACCGUGGACAUGGAGGCACUCGAUCGAACGGGUGACUGGAAUUGCGAGUACCAGGGUAUUUCUGCACCUCGAUCCCUCAAAUUGCAGGCUUCACUGCGGCCGACUCCCACGACGACAAAGUCAACAAUGGCCUCCACGACCAGUACGACUACCACGACAUUCACAACUACUGCCCUUGCUCCUGCAGUGACGAUGAAAGCACUUCUCCCACCCUCGGCUAUUAAAGAAGCCAGACCAAAGUCGGGUAAGUCUGUUUCCAAAAGCGUCAUGGGACCUUCGAAUUCGAAGCGCCUGUGGUGA